UCGCGGGCGGCCCAUUACCAUAGCGGCCCAAGCCGCGGGCCCGCCGCACGUCGGGGCUCAGAGGGGUCCGCGCCGCCCCUCGGAGCCAGGGCAGCAGCGGCGCGGGGCGGCCGGGCCGGGCCCGGCUCAUGGCGCGCUGAGCGGAGCGGAGUGGAGCGGACGAGCUCCCCGCCACCAUGUUCAGCCCCGACGGCUUCGGGCUGGCGCCGGACGGGGGCGGCUACGGCGCGCUGCCGCCCCAGCAGGGCUUCUUCGCCUUCCCGGCCGUGAAGGUGGAGUACGGGGCUGAGCUGGCGCCGGCCGAGCCCAAGCCCUGGUACCCGGAGCCGCAGCUGGGGCUGGCCGGACCGCCGCCGCCGCCGCCGGGCCCGCAGCUGCUGGAGGGGCGGCGGGCGGCCAAGGAGGAGCCGGCGCCCGAGGCGGAGCGCCCGGCCGGCUCCCCCGACGCCAAGGGCACCCCGCCGCCCUGCUGCGCGCCGCCCUGGGCCGCCCCGUUCUGGCCGGCGCCCGCCUGCGGCAGCCCCGUGCCCAGCCAGCCCUUCCCCGGCCUCGGCGUCUUCCCCGGGCCCCGCGCCCUCUACCCCGGCGCCCUGCACCAGGGCGCCGCCGCCCUCUCGGGCCUGGGCAGCUCCAGCGCCAGCUCCAGCUCCAGCGGCGCCGCCAGCGAGGGCGGCCACUCCAGCGACAGCGGCGACGAGGACACUCCCACGUCAGAGGAGCUGGAGCAGUUUGCCAAGGACCUCAAACACAAGCGCAUCACAUUGGGGUUCACACAGGCUGAUGUAGGGCUGGCUUUGGGGACUCUCUACGGGAAGAUGUUCAGCCAGACAACCAUCUGCCGUUUUGAAGCUCUCCAGCUGAGCUUCAAGAACAUGUGCAAGCUGAAGCCGCUGCUGCAGCGCUGGCUCAAUGAGGCUGAAAACAAUGACAAUAUGCAAGAGGUCAGAGGGCUGGAGUGGAGUGAAGGGGCUCUGAAACCCCUGGUUUCAGCUGGGGAGGAAUCCCUUCCCAUACAGGCAGACCUGGGUCCAGCUGUGAAGCUGCCUUCUGAAUCCAUUGUACCCCCCAGGGCAGGGGGUCAUGCUAAGCUGUGCAAUGCAGAGCAAGUGCUGGCCCAGGCCCGGAAGAGGAAACGCAGGACCAGCAUCGAGACCAACGUCAAGGGGACCCUAGAGAGCUUCUUCCGCAAGUGUGUCAAGCCAAGCCCCCAAGAGAUCUCACAGAUUGCAGAGGAUCUUAACCUGGAUAAAGAUGUGGUUCGGGUCUGGUUCUGCAACCGGCGCCAGAAGGGCAAGCGGCUGCUGCUGCCCUUUGGCAAUGAGAAUGAGGCAGGGAUGUACGACAUGAACCAAGCCAUGCCUGCCCCGGUGACGAGCCAAGGCUAUGCUGUGGCGCCCCUGGCCUCUCCUCCACCCAUCUACAUGCCGACUUUCCACAAAGGCGAGAUCUUCUCUCAAGCUCUGCAACCUGGGGUCUCCAUGGGGAACAAUGGCAACUGAACAGAGGGGGUUGGGGGGGCUGGGUGAAGGGUGCCCUAGGAGCUGAAUGGGGGUGUCCCCUGGACAGUGCAGCUCCACUGGGUGCCUCAGUCCCACUCCGAGGGAUGGCUGCUGAGGCCUCUUCCCCAGAUACUGAUCUUGGAGCAGGAAAGUUGUGGGGAUGGGGCUUUUGCUAUAUUUUGCUAUGUCUCUUGUUUUGUUGGGGGUGGGGGAGGCACAGGGAAGUGAGAACAAGUCGUGUAGAUAGCAUGUUUGUUACACGGGGCACAAUCUACAGACUGCCCCUGUGUGCAGAUCCUUGUGGGAGAGGUGCAAGGUGGCCUAAGGCAGCUGCCCCCCUUGUCCCCACUUGCAUCUCUGUCCCUGUCAGGGCCCAGACAGAGUGGACACUUGCUCUCUGGAUUCCCUCCCAGCCCUUCCCAGUUCCUCUGGUCCACCACUCCCCCUACUUGGGGUCUGUGUUCCUUGCCCCACUAGGGGAGGUGACUUCUCCCCAUUCAUUAAUCUACCUAUGCUGCCCCUCUUCUGGGGCUAGGCUCAGUCACUCUUUUGCAAAUGGCAUUUUAUGUAUUUCUAGUUUUUAAACCGGGAACCCUGUGUAGCAAUUUCUAGUGUGAAUGUGAUCUUCUCUCCCUCUGUCCCCCUGGCCAGGGCUGCAUGAGUUCACAGAGAGGAGAGUCACCCUAAUGGACUCGCAGCCCCAUAUGAGCCUUAGGCCUGGUAUUUGUCAAGGAGCUUAAAGGAGUUAAAUGCCCACUGAAUGUCAGAGGAAGCUGGGUUCUUGUGCCUCCUUAGCAGAUCCCAGCCUCUGGUACCAGGUCUGCAUCUGUUGGAAACUUUUUUUUUUUUUUAAUUUUUAAAAAAAUUUCCCCCCUCCCUUGCACCCAUUACUGUCAUCUUCUUACAGGUUGGCCUGGUUUGCUAAAUUUAUUUGGUGGUCCACUUAGGCCUCAUCUUGAUGGCCACAAUGAGAAGUGAGGCUGGAGGAGCUGUCUAGGCAGUACAAACAGUGAUUGCCCUGCAGGGCUGUUCUGUUCAGGGGGCUCCUGCUCCAAGUCCUGUGUUGAGUGAGUCUUUGACCAUGUAGCUACCAGCAAUUGCCCAGCUCUGGGGCUCAUCCAUGUAGAUGUCACAAAGGAUGUUGUUCAGCAUUCAUAGGGCAUAGUUUAUUCAGGAGUGACCUACUUUAUCAAAGUUCAUCCCCCACAGCCUCAAAUCAUCUGGAGAGGGGCUAGCAUUAACCUUUUGCUGUUCCCAAAUCUCUAUAUGGGUUAUGCUCCUAUUUCUGGGCUAAGUAGCAUUUAAUACUUUGUGAUGUGUCUGCUUAUUAAUAACAUCUUCCUAGCAAGUCUCUCUUAUGACCUCAAAAUUUUUGGUUAAAAAGCAAGGUGAACUUUUUCGGGCUUCUGUGGUUUGUGGUUGGAAAAGUUGAUGGGAACCACAAGGCCUCUGCUACAAACUUUCACAAUCCAGUGGAAGGUUUCAUUUUUGAAAUGCAUGCCCCCCUUUCCUCCCAAGCAGCUGCCAGAGUGGGAAGAAGGAACAGAAAUAAGGGCUACUAAGCUUCCAUGGACAUACAAAUAGGAACCUCCUGGUGGAAUUGCAGUUGCAGCCUGAAGGGUCCUCUUGCACAGAAGACCCUUGCAGUCUUCAAUAACCAUUGAAAUUGCCAGCCUGGCAGCAGUGCUAGGAAAUCAACUCGUAUAUACCAAUAGAUGGUGCUUUAUAUAAAUGUGUGAACAGAUUUGAUGGGGGCAUGGAAGGGGGGAAAAACUUGAGAAAACUGACCCUCAAAUUUCUUUUAUGGUCUGUUGUUUACAAAAUUUUACAUUUAAAAGAAAAAAAAAAAAGGUUACUACACAACAGCUUUUUGAGAGCUUUGCUUUGUUGACUUUUUUAUGUUGAAAAGGCUCCUGCAUCCAGAUGCCUCUACCAUUAUGAGGCUUUUCUGUUGCUGCUGCUGUUUUAUUAUGUGUAUGUGGUAUCUGAUGGGAUGUGUCUCAGCCUGGAGUUGUGAUGAUGGGAGAGACUCCACUUUUAUUCCUUUGUGUAGUCGUUGUGGUUUUUUGGAGAAAUGACUGAAAAAUCUUAAGACUCAAAAGCCAGAAGGCAAAUAGAAAUUCAAAUCUUAUUUAAAAUGUCAUGAUACUAGUCUGUGAAUUUUGAAUGCUUUUUUUCACUCAAGGGUCUGUGCUGGUAAUGAGGGAAAAUCAUGGUACUACCUAAUGCUCUGAGCUGGACUUCUUUACUGUGGUUAAAUUCAUGACACUUAACGUUGCUUGCCAUCAGUGGUCUUAGCGUCAACACGCCCUUGAAAUGAUUAGAGCAGUUCACAGCUCUGUUUGGCAGGCUGCAGACAGCAGCUCUGCAAUGAUUCAUCAUGUGUGGAAGGUUCUGUCUCUGGUGCCCACCCCAUGGGCACUUCUUGGCACCAUCUCUCAGUGAGAGUUGAAACAGCCCCAUGAACUGAUGCAGGGGAGAGACUUGCCCUGGAAGCUCAUUACCACUGUUUCUUGCUGGGGAUGGGAGGUUUGCUUAGGCAUGAGGAUAGCUCUUAAAGAGAGCAUUUGGUGUCAGCUACACUGACUGAAGAGGACAUUUUACAGUUCCAGCAACUUGAAAAUUCCUUCUGCCCUUCCAAGCAAAUUCCAUUGAAUGACACUGAGUUCCUGCUAGUUGUUUGCUAAGGCUAACAAUCCCUGCCAUGCACACAGAAAUGUAAAAAUAUGCGGGCCUGCUACACUUUCAUUUAAAAAAAACAAAAAAAACUUAAAGCUUCCUCUAAGGCAGAGUCUAUGGAAUGUAAUAGGGGUUCUCUAUCGGUGUACAAUUUCCAUAGAAAGGCUCUGAAUUCCAGUACAACUGAGAAGAGAAUUUCUCAAAACUUUUGGAACUGCCCUGUAGAAUUGCAUUGCUAGGAUAGAGGCUGCUAUGAUUGUGUGGUUUUUUUAGGAUGGUUUGAGAGUGCCCCAGAAAUUUCUCCCUGGAUUUUCUUUCCUUUCCUGAAAAAAUGUUCAUUGAAAAUAAAGAUCCCAGCUGCAUUCCCAGAACCCUUUA